GCUUUACUCUACUUUUUACUACUGCUUCUUUUUUUUUGGUCUUCGAAGCCCUACAGCAUCAUAGUAAACGCUACAGUACAGUACAUCUACCACCAGCAACAUAAACAUGACCACAGAAGGCGUCUCCCACGGCCGCGGCGGUACUUCCCCUCCUCUCCUCUCCCCAUCCCCCUUCCUCUUCCUCUUCCACAGCGCUGUUAAACCAAAUUACAGGCACGGGCAACAUUGGCCCCGACGACACAACCUACGUUGAUGGCGAAAUCCGCCGUGAAGGCGACCCCACCGCUACCGGCGGCGCCUAUAGCUCGGGUGUAGAUGCCCCCACCCCCCUCUCUUCCUCCUCCUCCUCCUCCUCCCGCUUCCUCCCUUGCUAACUUCCAACAGCGCGGCGGCGCCGGCAAUAUAGGCAGCCCGCAUCAGCACCCGGUGAGGGCAAGCAUGGAUGAGGAAGUAGUGCCUAACGUGGCAAAGGUGGGGGGGCACGAUGGUGAGCCCUUUCACAGUGGGCGGGGAGGGGAGGGGAACGUGCGGUUGCCGGAGGGGACGGGGAAGAAGGGGGGAGCGGCAGGGGGGAGUAAAGGGUUGAUGGAGAGGAUCAUGAAGUUUUGGGGGAGAAAGUAG